AUGGCCAAGCAAGCUUUAGCAAGCGAGAGAAAGAAACAGAUCACUAUUCGUGGUUUAGGUGGUUUGGUCGGCAUGGAAAAUGUCUCGGGAUUAAAGUUAGGAUUUAAUCGGCACCUGCACUUCACCCUGGUGAAAGACCGUAAUGUGGCUACCAUGAGAGAUUACUACUUCGCGCUAGCGCACAUCGUGCGUGACCAUCUGGUGGGCCGCUGGAUACGCACCCAGCAGUACUAUUACGAUAAGGACCCCAAGCGGAUUUAUUAUCUAUCUCUGGAGUUCUACAUGGGCCGCACCCUGCAAAAUACGAUGAUUAAUCUGGGUAUAGAAAGUUCUUGUGAUGAAGCAAUGUACCAGCUGGGCUUAGAUAUUGAAGAACUGGAAGAAAUUGAAGAUGAUGCUGGGCUUGGAAAUGGAGGUUUAGGAAGGCUUGCAGCCUGUUUCCUUGAUUCCAUGGCAACACUGGGCCUGGCUGCUUAUGGGUAUGGUAUACGAUAUGAGUAUGGGAUUUUCAAUCAGAAGAUCAAAGAUGGGUGGCAGGUGGAGGAAGCUGAUGAUUGGCUACGACAUGGUAACCCUUGGGAAAAGGCUCGCCCAGAAUAUGUAUUGCCAGUUUACUUCUAUGGCCAUGUACAGCAUACUAAAGAUGGUGUCAAAUGGAUUGAUGCAGAGGUAGUUCUUGCCAUACCAUAUGAUACUCCAGUGCCAGGAUAUCUGAAUAACACUGUGAAUACUAUGAGGCUGUGGUCUGCCAAAGCACCGAAUGACUUCCACUUGCAUCACUUUAAUGUUGGAGACUAUAUCCAGGCUGUGUUGGACAGAAAUGUGGCUGAAAAUAUUAGCAGAGUUCUCUACCCUAAUGAUAAUUUUUUUGAAGGCAAAGAAUUGAGACUAAAGCAGGAAUACUUUGUUGUUGCUGCCUCACUUCAAGACAUUAUCCGUCGCUUCAAGUCUUCUAAAUUUGGUUGCAAAGAUAUUAGGAGUUGUUUUGAUUCCUUUUCUGACAAGGUGGCGAUUCAACUAAAUGAUACUCAUCCUGCUUUAGCAAUUCCUGAGUUAAUGAGGAUUUUAGUGGACAUCGAGAAAAUUGAUUGGGAUCAGGCUUGGAAGAUCACUAAGAAUACAUUUGCAUACACCAAUCACACAAUUUUACCUGAAGCCCUUGAGCGCUGGCCUGUGGGUCUCUUUGAGAAACUCCUACCCAGGCAUCUGGAGAUUAUCUAUGAGAUUAACCAGAGGCAUCUAAAUUCAAUUGCAACUUUUUAUCCUGAAGAUAACCAACGUUUAAGACGAAUGUCACUAAUAGAAGAGGAUGGAGAAAAGAAGAUAAAUAUGGCACACCUUUGCAUUGUCGGUUCUCAUGCAGUGAAUGGCGUCGCCAAGAUUCAUUCCAAGAUCAUCAAAGACCAAGUAUUUAAAGACUUCAGUGAUAUUGAGCCAGCAAAAUUUCAGAAUAAGACUAAUGGAAUCACGCCAAGACGAUGGCUUUUGCUUUGCAAUCCGGGACUGGCUUCCCUUAUAGCUGAGAAAAUAGGAGGGGACUAUAUUAAAGAUCUGAGCCAGUUGCAGAAGCUGCAUGCCUACGUGAAUAAUGAUCAGUUUAUUCGUGAUGUUGCCUCAGUAAAACAGGAGAAUAAAGUGAAGCUUGCUUCUCUACUAGAAAAGAACUAUGGAAUUCAGAUCAACAUAUCAUCCAUGUUUGAUGUGCAUGUGAAGCGAAUCCAUGAAUACAAAAGGCAGUUGAUGAACUGCCUUUAUGUUAUUGUUAUGUAUAACCGAAUCAGAAAAGAACCGAGCAAGAGUUUUGUUCCAAGAACUGUUAUGAUAGGCGGCAAGGCUGCUCCUGGUUAUUAUAUGGCUAAAUUGAUCAUUAAACUCAUAACAUCUGUGGCACAAAAAGUGAACAAUGACCCUAUAAUUGGUAACAAGUUAAAGGUUAUUUUCCUGGAAAACUACAGAGUCUCACUGGCUGAAAAAGUUAUUCCAGCAACAGAUCUGUCACAGCAAAUCUCCACAGCUGGCACAGAGGCUUCUGGCACAGGAAAUAUGAAGUUCAUGCUGAAUGGUGCCCUGACUAUUGGUACUAUGGAUGGAGCAAAUGUGGAAAUGGUAGAGGAAGCUGGUGAAAACAAUAUGUUCAUUUUUGGCAUGAACGUUCAAGAUGUUAUGGAUCUGGACAAGAAAGGAUACAAUGCUUCCCAAUAUUAUGAAAGAAUUCCAGAACUGAAAGAGGUGAUCGAUCAGAUUGCAAGUGGAUAUUUUUCUCCAAAUCAACCUGAACUUUUCAGAGAUAUUCUGAAUAUGCUUUUUCACCAUGAUAGGUUCAAGGUGUUUGCUGAUUUUCAAUCUUAUAUCAGUAUUCAAGAGAAAGUCAACCAGUUAUAUCAGGACCCAAUAGAAUGGACCAAAAUAGUAAUUAAAAACAUUGCUUCUUCUGGGAAGUUCUCCAGCGAUCGAGCCAUUAUGGAGUAUGCCCGUGAUAUCUGGGGUGUUGAACCCAAAUUCUUGAAGAUUUAA